AUGACGGACGACGAAAAAGCGGCAAUGGAAGAGUAUUUAGGGCGCCGACUUGAACUUCCUGCCCCUCCCAACUUUCUCAGUUGCACAGCUACAGCUUACAAGAGAGCGGCCUUGUUGUCAUUUCACAAGACACAUAUAGAGGCAGCCCUCGUCGCCGACGUGCCAGCUCGAGUACGCUUGGGAAGAGUUGCUGACAGCUGGGUACAUGAAAUUUUUAAGUUGCGGGGCUGUGAUAUAACCCUAUUAAUGGCGGGAGUGGAAAGAGCGGGGAUUGGCCCUCCGCCGUUAAUAGCUCGCAAUUACGCUAUUCGAGUAAUGGGAACCGAAGAAUUGGAUGCGCUACAGCUCAUUCAAAUGUUCGCAGACAUAACUGACGGGCUAGUAGCAGAUGUACGCCACCCUGGGGAGCCAGGUCUUCAGCAGCUAGACAAUAACUACUGGAUUAUUGUAUUCAGCACAAGAAGUUGCCCAGUUCAACUAGCAGGAAUCACCUUCAUCGCGUUUGGCACGAAAAUGGCUGGGGGAAGUGAGAUCGCACAGACAACGCGAAUAUAUCGGAAAUACGAGGCGCCAACGCUGACGGCUUUACCAGACUGUAUUAAUCUGUCGGAGCUGGAAACUCACUUGGUGGCACUAACAUUCCCGAAGUAUAUUGCAGGGUGUGGGGACGUCACACGUGCGCCGGUGUUACGGGAAGUGGUACCACCGGCUACUGCCGCAAAUGCGCAUGCUAUGGAAACCGCUCCGGCGGUGUCCGGCAUGACUGUGACACGCGCGAUUCGCUCAUCCCGCAAAGGCGGGCGUUUAGGGGAUCGUGAACGUAAUACUAGGACUGCAGAUCGAACGGUUGCGGCGGGUACAUCGCAUCAACAACUCUCAGCAGCACAAGACAAUUUGCGGGUGCAACACGGACGUACUAUUGGAGCUGAGGUGGCUCGAGGAGAGGCAGGUCCAACACCACGAGCGCGGACGACGACGACAAGACACGAAAAGAAGAAAAAGCACCGCGUACCGAGUCGAAAACAUGCAACCACGGCGGCGGCGCGUUAUAAACAGACGAUGGCUGUAUAUGAGGAGCUCAUGGGGGAGUCAGACAAGUUUGAUAGUGAGUACAGCGAACCGGAAGUGGAGGAGGGCCUCAGGGAACGGAAAGUGGAGCAAAAUUCGUCGCCAGAGGACGAUGCAAUGGAUGGUGGCACUGCUCUUUCAUCUGCCUCAGCUGUGGCUUUAGGCAAUAGUGACGAGCAUGUGGUUUAA